CUUUUUUUUUUUUUUUUUUUUUUUUUUAAAAGGGACGGCUACUUGAGCAAAUUCUGGCAUCUGCACACACCCCUCGCGCGCUCCUUAACCUGGCGUCAACACAUUGGGCUUUCCGACCGGCCCUCGGUCGAGGCGACGCAACUGUUUGUUUGUUUGUUUUUUUUUUUUUUGGCACAAAUUCCACCGCACAAUUGGCACAUUUUGUCAGGCACUCUGCACUCUUUUUCUUUUGGCCUUAACGAGAGGAGCGGCCUGUUUGAACGGAAGAGAACGCGCCCACAAUGAGCAAGUCGGUAAGGAAGGAAAAGGCGCUGGAGCGCGCGGUGGAAAUCGAGGCGUCAAUGUUGGCGUCUGGCCUGGCAGAGACGGGUGGCAUCGGCGCGGCGCCGUGCAACAUGAAUUUGCUGAAUGAGGUAGCACUGUCUGGCGGGGGAGAAGAAGAAGAAAGAAGUGUCGUAGACGAGGACGACAUUGUCGAAGUCGAGAGACUGCAAGCGUUGGGAAUAGGGGCAGCCGACAUAUCCAGACUGAAAUCUGCAAACUUGCACACUGUAGCCGGCGUGAUGAUGCGUUCUAAAAGAGAUUUGAUGAUGGUGAAGGGGAUGACGGAGGCGAAGGUGGAAAAGCUGUUGGAAGCAUGCGCCAAAUUGAACUUUUCUAGUUUCAUGACAGGCGUAGACUUGCUAGAGAAGAGGAAGAGCAUUUUGAGAAUAACGACGGGCAGCGAGGCUCUCGACAAACUGCUAGGUGGUGGAAUAGAAUCCACGACCAUCACUGAGGCGUUUGGAGAGUUCAGGACGGGCAAAACCCAACUCGCCCAUACGCUGUGUGUGACUGCCCAGUUUCCACGGGAGAGCGGCGGAGGAAACGGCAGGGUGGCGUACAUCGAUACAGAGGGUACAUUUCGUCCUGAGAGGGUCGUGCCUAUUGCCGAGAGGUUUGGGAUUGAUCCCAUGCAGACGUUAGAGAACAUCGUGUAUGCGCGAGCUUACAACCACGACCACCAAGACGCGCUGAUUACGACGAUUGCGGCGAAGAUGGUGGAGGAGCAAUACGCGCUGCUGGUGGUCGACUCGAUUACAGCGCUUUUUAGGGUGGACUUUCAAGGUCGAGAGGAACUGGCGCCGAGACAGCAGGCCAUAGGACAGAUGAUGAAUAAAUUGGCGAAGGUGGCGAAUGAAUUUAAUGUAGCGGUUUUUGUAACGAAUCAGGUGUGCAGCGAUCCAAGUGGGGUGAAUGGUCCGGGGAUGGCCAUUGCGGACCAGAAGAAGCCGAUAGGGGGAAACGUUUUGGCACACGCGUCAACGACGCGGCUAUCAUUUAGGAAAGGAAGGGGCGACCAACGGAUAUGCAAGGUAUAUGACUCCCCGUGUUUGGCAGAAGAGGAGGCGGUUUUCAGAAUUACGAAUGGUGGGAUUGAGGACGUGGUGGAUGGGUAAACAUGGAGGUGGAAGAAAUGACA